AGCCCCUGGCGGAGCCCGCAGAAACGCAGGCAGAGCUGCCGCGAUGAGGACUGCACUGUUCCUGCUGUGCUCCGGGGCCUGGCUGCUGGUGUCCACGGGCUGCGCUGACGACGCGCUGAAGUUGAACUCCUUAGAGAACUUUCGCUUUAAGUCAUGGAUGGUGCAGCACCAAAAGGAAUACAGUGUGAAGGAGUACCAUCAGCGGCAGCAGAUAUUUACCCGCAACUGGAAGAAAAUCAAUGCCCACAACAAGGGGAAUCACACGUUUAAAAUGGCACUGAAUCAAUUUUCAGACAUGACCUUUGCUGAAAUAAAACGCAAAUAUCUUUGGUCGGAGCCUCAGAAUUGCUCAGCCACCAAAAGUAAUUACUUUCGGGGUUCUGGUCCCUACCCAACCUCUGUGGACUGGCGGAAGAAAGGAAAUUUUGUCUCCCCAGUGAAAAAUCAGGGGGCCUGUGGCAGUUGCUGGACCUUCUCUACUACAGGGGCCCUAGAGUCAGCAGUGGCCAUCGCUAGUGGGAAGAUGCUGUCUCUGGCAGAGCAGCAGCUGGUGGACUGUGCCCAGGGCUUCAACAAUCAUGGCUGUGAAGGGGGUCUCCCCAGCCAGGCUUUCGAGUACAUCCUGUACAACAAGGGCAUCAUGGGUGAAGACACCUACCCCUACGUGGGCAAGGAUGGUCGCUGCAGGUUCAAGCCCCAGAAGGCCAUUGCAUUUGUCAAGGAUGUCAUGAACAUCACACUUAAUGAUGAGGAUGCCAUGGUGGAGGCAGUGGCCCUGUACAACCCUGUGAGUUUUGCCUUUGAGGUGACUGAAGAUUUUAUGUCAUAUAGAAGUGGAAUCUACUCCAGUACUUCCUGUCAUAAAACUCCAGAUAAAGUGAACCAUGCAGUACUGGCUGUCGGGUAUGGAGUAAACAAUGGGGUACCCUACUGGAUUGUGAAAAACUCCUGGGGCACAGCAUGGGGAAAGGACGGGUACUUCCUCAUCGAGCGUGGGAAGAACAUGUGUGGCCUGGCCGCCUGUGCCUCUUACCCCAUCCCUCAGGUGUGAACCAGUGUGCCGGAAGUAACUGGCUGGUGGAGGGUAGCUGGCCUCUUGCCCCGGAGGACAGGUGGGGAUCUGCUCAGGAGCCCCUUGCUUUCCACCGUCAUCCCUGUGCACCACAGACUGUAUCACCAGCCAUGUGCCUUACUUGUGGUUUUCAAUGCAAUCAAGCUCAGUGGACAGAAUACGCCUUCCGGAGGAGCUAUUCCAUGUGUGCAGAGUGCUCCAGUGACUUUAUUUUCUACAUUUUGUUCAAUAAAUGUUCAGGACCAGA